AUGUCCUACCCGCAGGGCUACCUGUACCAGGCGCCCGGCUCGCUGGCGCUCUACUCGUGCCCGGCGUACGGCGCAUCGGCGCUGGCGGCGCCGCGCAGCGAGGAGUUGGCUCGCUCGGCGUCGGGCUCGGCCUUCAGUCCUUAUCCGGGCUCGGCGGCCUUCACGGCUCAGGCGGCCACCGGCUUCGGCAGCCCGCUUCAGUACUCCGUGGAUGCGGCGGCGGCGGCCGCCGGCUUCCCGUCCUAUAUGGGCGCGCCCUACGAUGCACACACGACCGGGAUGACGGGCGCCAUCAGCUACCACCCUUAUGGCAGCGCGGCCUACCCAUACCAGCUCAAUGACCCGGCGUACCGCAAGAACGCCACGCGGGACGCCACAGCUACGCUCAAGGCCUGGCUGAACGAACAUCGCAAGAACCCCUACCCCACCAAGGGCGAGAAGAUCAUGCUGGCCAUCAUCACCAAGAUGACCCUCACGCAGGUCUCCACUUGGUUCGCCAACGCGCGCCGGCGCCUCAAGAAGGAGAACAAGAUGACUUGGGCCCCAAGGAACAAAAGCGAGGACGAGGACGAGGAUGAGGGCGAUGCGGCCCGGAGUAAGGAGGAAAGUGCUCACAAGGCGCAGGAAGGCACCGAGACCUCGGCAGAGGACGAAGGGAUCAGCCUGCACGUGGACUCGCUCACGGAUCACUCUUGUUCCGCCGAGUCGGACGGGGAGAAGUUGCCAUGCCGAGCUGGGGACCCCCUGUGCGAAUCGGGCUCGGAGUGCAAGGACAAGUAUGACGACCUAGAGGACGAAGAGGAUGACGACGAGGAGGCCGAGCAGGACCUGGCGCCACCCAAGCCCGUGACCUCGUCGCCACUGACCGGCGUGGAGGCGCCGCUGCUGAGCCCCCAGCAGGAAGCCGCGCCCCGAGCUGGCGGCAAGGCGACCCUUGGCAGCCGGACGUCGCCGGGCGCGCAGCCGCCCGCCAACAAGCCCAAGCUGUGGUCGCUGGCCGAGAUCGCCACGUCGGACCUAAAGCAGCCGAGCCUGGGGCCGAGUUGCGGGCCACCCGGGUUGCCCGCGGCCGCGGCACCCGCUUCCUCCGGGGCGCCGCCGGGCGGCUCCCCGUACUCGGCCUCGCCGCUGCUCGGCCGACACCUCUACUACACAUCGCCGUUCUAUGGUAACUACACAAACUACGGGAACUUGAACGCGGCGCUGCAGGGCCCGGGCCUCCUGCGCUACAACUCGGCGGCCGUGGCCCCUGGAGAAACGCUGCAUGUUGCCCCCAAGGCGGGCAGCGAUGCGGGCAAGGCGGGCGCACACCCUCUGGACGCCCACUACCGGCCUCCGGGCGGCGGCUAUGAGCCCAAGAAAGAUGCCAGCGAAGGCUGCACGGUUGGCGGGGGUGUCCAGCCCUACCUAUAG